GUAUUUUUUUUUUUUUUUUCUAUAUCAAUAAUGUCGGCCCCAUGGUAUAUGUAAUAAAUAUUUUAAAUAUAAUAAAUAAACAAAUUUGAAGAAAUGUGAAGAGUUAUAAUUGCCAAGGUGAAAUAAAAAAAAAAAAAAAAUAGGCAAUUGAGCAUCAUUUUUGUUGAAAGGUUUGCGUAAUAAAUAUAGCUAAUCAUAUGAAUGAUAUUGAUAGAUAUAAAAUAAAUGUUGUGCAAAGUGUGAACUAGCUUUAUCUAAAGUUAUGAUUAGAGCUUGUAUUUGAAAUAAUAAUAAUUGAGCUAGUUUUACUAACGGAGAUCAAAUAAAAAACAUGGACGCCGUUAGUAUUGACACAAAUGAACCGUCACAAACUGCUGAUGAUGAGCCUGUUGAUCAACAUGAUGAUAUAUGUCGUAUAUGUUUAACAACAAGUGUUGUAAUGAGAAAUUUAUUUAUUGAAGAUGAUGUUGUAUCAUUAUCAACAAAAUUAAUGGCUUGUACAAAUAUUAAAAUGAUACCAGAUGAUGGUUUACCAACUCAAUUAUGUUGUGAUUGUGCUGAUAAACUUGAAACAGCAUAUGAAUUAAAAUUGCAAGCAGAACAUGCUGAUAAUACUUUGAGAGGUAAACUUGACAAAUGGUCAGUUAAAGAUGAAUUUUUUUUUAAUGAAGUUGAAGUACAUCUUGAUAAUGAAAGAUCUGUUGAUAAAAAUUAUGAAAAUAAUAAAAAACAACAAGAACAACAACAACAACAUCAACAAAUUGAUUGUCAUGAUAAAAAUAAUUUAAUGGAAGUACAAGAAGAUCUUGGUAAUGAUCAUGAUCAUCAUGAUGAUUGUAGUAAUACAUGUAAAACCGAAAAUUAUAAUGUUCCUGAGAGUAUAACAAUUGGUGAACAUAAUUAUAUGGUACAACAAGAUUACUCAUUGACAAAUGAAGAACAAGAUAAAAUUUUAGAACAAGAUAGUAAUCAUGAUACAACAGAUUAUACAGUUAUUAUUAAUGAAAAUGUUAUGGAUCAUCAAAAUGAAAUGAUUGAUGAUGAAAAAAAUGCAAAAAAUCCUUUACAAUUAAAUAAUUCUGGUUCUGAUAAUAAUGAAACAAAUUAUUUUGAAAAUUUAAGUUUAAGUUGUAGAUUAAAACAAGCAAAUAUUGAUAAAAAAAAAGAUAUCAAUAAAAUAUUUUUCAUGUGUUUUAUUUGUGAUAAACAAUUUACAUCGAAAAAUAGUAUAAAAGAACAUAUGAAUUCACAUGAUGAAAUUCGUAAUAAAUUACCAGAAAAAAUUAUAAAAUCACCAUUACAGCCAUCAUCACAACCAUUAAAAUCUACAUCAUCUGGUAAAAAAUUAAAUAAAUGUCCAUAUUGUGGUAAAGAAUAUUUAUAUGUUAUAUCAUUUAAAAAACAUUUAAAACAACAUGAAAAUUCUGAUGAUGUUAUUGGACAAACAAGUAUUUCACAAUUAUCAAAUGAUCAGGAGAUUAAUUUUAAUUCUGAUAAUGAUUUUGAUAAUACUGAUGGUACAUUUGAAGUUAUAACUGAUGAUAGAGAUGACAAUGACGAUGAUGAUGAUGAUAAUGAUGAUAAUAAUUGUACAUACACUGGUACAUUAGAAGCAAAUCAAGUUAAUGCUGAAGAAGAAAAGUCAACAAAUAUUAUAACAACAACUGAUCAAGCUACUUGUUCAACAAAUGACAAUUUAAAUAAACAUAUCAUUCUUAAUGAAACACAAUUAAAUAUAAAAAUGCAUACUUCAGAUAAUGAUUCUGAUUUGUUGAAAAAUUCAACACAAUUCAAUAUCGAUAAUAAUGAAUUUAUUGAAGAUAAUUUACAAAAAGAAUUAAAUAAAAAUAAUGAAGGACAAUUGGAAAAUUUAUUAACAACAAAUGAUAAUAGCCAUGAUGAUGGUGAUGAUGAUGAUAAUGGUGAUAAUAUAAAUAAAAAAAUAAAUAAACAAGAGACAAUCAUUGAAUCACGUUUACCAAAAAUAAAAUAUAGAUGUAAAAUAUGUUUACAAGAAUUUCAUAAAAAAGAUGAAUUAAGUAGUCAUGCAAAUGAACAUGCUGCAUUAAAAAAUAUAUAUAAAUGUACAGAAUGUAAUAAAAAUUUUGGUAAUGAAUUGACAUUGAGAAAUCAUUUAAUAGCAACAAAUCAUCGUACAAUAAUACAAGGUAGUGAAUAUGAUCCAAAUAAAAGAAUAAAAAGAGUUGCUGCAAAAGCAGCACAAAAAAUAAUUGAUAAAAUAAAAAUAGAAAAUGAUGAUGAUGAUAUUGAUUAUAAUGAUAAAAAACCAAUAAUAACAACAACAACAACAACAGCAACAACAAAUUUAUGUUCAUCUGAAAAAUUAUUACUUGCAAUAAAAAAUAAAACAUAUAAUUUUGGUAAUAAUAAAAGAGAUAUUGAAUGUGAAAGUUGUGGUAAAAAAUGUAGUUCAAAACAAUAUUUAAUAAAACACAUGGAACAUCAUGUUAGAGAAGAAAAAUUAAUGCAACAAGAUGAUGAUAAUAAAAAAGUUAAAAAAAUAAUUGAUACAAAUACAAAAGAACAAAUUUCUAAAAAAACAAAUUGGAAUACAUUUAAUAUGCAAAAUGAUUUAAUGAAUACAGAUGAUGAUGAAGAUGAUGAUGAUGAUGAAUUUGAUAAUUGUAUGAAUUGGCCAAUGGAUAAUCAUGAAUGUCCAACAUGUAAAAAACGUUAUAGUACUAAAAAAUCAUUAUUACGUCAUCAAUUAUUACAUGAUGAUCCAAAUUAUGAAUGUGACAUAUGUAAUGUAAAAUUUUAUAGAAAAGAUAAAUUAAAAGCACAUUAUGAUAAAUGUUCAGAAAAAAAUCCAGAUCAAGUUAGAAAAUGUAAUAUAUGUGGUGAUAUAUUUGAAAAUAAUGAAAUUCUACGUGAACACAGAUCAAAACAUGUUGAUGAAGGUAUAUUAACUGAAGAAGAUUUACGUGAAUUAGAACCAACAUCAGAUGAUAAAACAAAUAAUGAAAAAAUACCAAGAAAAAGACGUACAGAUAUUGUUGGUUUAGAAUGUACUGAAUGUAAUAAACAAUAUACAUCAAGAAAAGGUUUAUUACGUCAUAUACAAGUACAUGAAGGUAAAAAAUAUUUGUGUGAUAUAUGUCCUAAAAAAUUUUAUCGUCGUGAACAUUUAAAAAUUCAUGUUGCAAAACAUAAUAUGAUUAAACCAUAUAAAUGUUCACGUUGUUCAAAACGUUUUAUUAAAGAAGAACAAUUAUCACAACAUUUAACAAAACAUGAAAGAACAGUUAAAAAUAAAAUUAAAGAUACUGAUAGUAAUUCAAAAAGAUUUUUAUGUGAAAUAUGUUCAAAAAGUUUUACACAAUCAACAACACUUGUUGCACAUUUACGUGCACAUAAUGGUAUUAAACCAUUUGUAUGUGAAGUAUGUGCACGUCCAUUUACAACAAAUGCAUAUUUAAAAAUGCAUAUGAGAACUCAUACAAAUGAAAGACCAUAUACAUGUGAAUAUUGUUCACGUGCAUUUGCAAGAGCAGAUACACUUGCUAAUCAUUUAACAUCACAUACUGGUGAGGCUAAAUAUUUAUGUAAAUAUUGUCCAAAAAAAUUUAGACGUUUAAAAUCAUUAAAAGAACAUGUAUUUAUACAUACUGGACAACGACCAUAUGCAUGUCCAACAUGUGAUAGAAGAUUUAAUAAUAAUGGAAGUAGAUAUGCACAUAGUAAAAGAUGUAAACAAAAUUUAAUGCAAAGUGUUGCUGCUGCACAAGAACCAAAUCAAACAAAUAUUAUUGAAAUUCAAACACUUGAAUUACCACAACAACACCAACAACAACUGCAACAACACCAACAAGAUCAACAAGAUCAACAAGAUCAACAAAAUCAUCAUCAUCAACAACAUCAUCAUCAACAACUAUUACAACAACAACAACAACAACAAGAACAACAUCAACAACAGCUUGAUGAUAAUGGUGAUGAUAUGCAGCUUCAUAAUAAUUCACUUCAACAACAAACACAACAAAUACAAGUACAAAUACAACAAGAACCACAUCCAACACAUAUACAUUGUGCAGUUAAUAAUACAAUGCAAGUUGUACAAAAUAAAGGCCUUAAAACAAUAACACUAAGGCCUGAUUUAGUUACAUCACAUCAAUUAAUACAACAAGAUAAUAAUAUUUCACUUCCAUAUUUACCACUUACUAUAUUACCACUUACUGUUGCACUUACUGAUGAUGAUGAAGUUAUUCUACCAGAAGGUGCAAAAUUAUUUACAACAACGCAGUAAUUAAUUAUCAAUAAUAUUAUUAUUAUAAAUAAU